GUGCCCGGAGAUUCCAGGAAUCUUCCAGCCGACAGAGGGAGGGCUGCGGGGGGUGUCUAGGGGGUAGGCAGUCCCCGAGCCCCACGCCUGCUGGCCGAGCUAUAGCUCCUGCGCUUCCUCGUCGCCAGCCCCCACCCGCGGCCUGACCUUUGAGCCGCCCUAGAAGUCACCCGCCGGGUGAGUGCCCGCCCGGCCGCCGAGUCAGGGAGAGGAAAGCGCAGGCGGCGGCCAAGCGAAACCGGCUGGGCCCGGUCUUCCGAUGAGCUGGGGGCGGGGAAGGAGACUGACGGCCCUCUGUCAGCGGGGACACCACGGACACUACGGCCCCCACCUCCGCUUCCCAGAGCCUGGCGCCGCCUGAGGCUGCAACGGCUGCCAGGUUGGGCGAGCCCCGCCCCCACACAGGUACCCCAGCCGGCGCGGCCACCUGACGCCACGUGCCCGCUCCUCCCGCCGGGGCCUCCGUGCGCGGCCCUGCCAGGCGCGGCCCGGGCAGAAAAGGGACGUUUGCCAGCCCCUGGCUCACACGACGGAGCCAGGGCCCAAAAGUAGAUCUCCCCUAUGACAAUGUCUUCCGUUAAGAUUGAGUGUGUUUUGCGGGAGAACUGCCACUGCGGAGAGUCUCCGGUGUGGGAGGAAGCGAUCAGCUCCCUGCUCUUCGUAGAUAUUCCUGCAAAAAAGGUUUGCCGGUGGGACUCGCUCAGCAACCAAGUGCAGCACGUGACCGUGGAUGCCCCAGUCAGCUCCGUGGCCCUUCGCCAGUCAGGAGGCUAUGUCGCCACAGUUGGAACAAAGUUCUGUGCUUUGAACUGGGAAGAACAGUCAGCAGUUGUCCUGGCCACAGUAGAUAAAGACAAGAAAAACAAUCGAUUCAAUGAUGGGAAGGUGGAUCCCGCUGGGAGAUACUUUGCGGGCACGAUGGCUGAGGAAACAGCACCGGCAGUCCUGGAGCGGCGGCAAGGCUCCCUGUACUCCCUCUCUGCUGACCACCACGUGGAAAGACACUUUGACCAGGUGGACAUCUCCAAUGGCUUGGAUUGGUCCCUGGACUUCAAGACCUUCUAUUACAUCGACAGCCUGUCCUACUCUGUGGAUGCCUUUGACUACGACCUGCAGACAGGAAAGAUCUCCAACCGUAGAAGUGUUUACAAGCUGGAGAAAGAAGAACAAAUCCCAGAUGGCAUGUGUAUUGACACUGAGGGGAAGCUCUGGGUGGCCUGCUACAAUGGAGGAAGAGUGAUUCGUUUAGAUCCUGAGACAGGGAAAAGACUCCAAACUGUGAAGUUGCCUGUUGAUAAUACAACCUCAUGCUGCUUUGGAGGGAAAGAUUACUCUGAAAUGUAUGUGACCUGUGCCCGGGAUGGAAUGACUCCUGAGGGCCUUUUGAAGCAACCUGAAGCUGGUGGCAUUUUCAAGAUAACUGGUCUGGGAGUCAAAGGGAUUCCUCCUCAUUUCUAUGCAGGAUAAAUGACAGGCCUCCUUUCCUAAUGGAGGAUCUUCUGAAGACAACUAGAAAAUUCUGCAGUUGGAAUUUCAAUCUAGUUACUGAAAAAUAAAAUACUGAUAU